UCUCUGGAGCACUCUGGAUUCAGAAAAACAAAUACCAGCCAAGGACAAAGUGGUCCAGAUGGAGGUGACUGAAGAAAAGACUGAAAAGCUCUUGUUUCCACACAGGAACGAACAAGAAGAUGCAGUGUCAAGUGAGCUUUGGAGAAGCAUCUGCAUAUCUGCUUUGCUCCAGCCGUGGCAUUUCUCAAAGUAAAGGCUGUGUCACAAGGAAAGGUGUUUUCCUCCUGUUUGUUGCUGCGUGGCUGACACAGGACUGAACGGAUCGGGUUUCUGACGUCCGUCAAACCAGUUCCAAACUGGCUGGUUGCAAAAACUAGACUGUAUUCAGCACGGAGAGCUUUCGUCAUUCAUCCUAAAGCUUUGCUAUGGCUCUUCGAAAGAAUGGCAAUAAGCCUGGUUACGUCUGAUUUCUGCACAGUUUUCUUCCCGAGUACCAGGCAAAAGUGAGGAAUUUUGCAAAGUGACAGCAAAGGCACUUUUUUUCCGGCACAAAUCUGAAGUGUCCUGCCGCUAAUGGGAAUUAUGAUAAUGUCCAUGAAACAUGUGAACAGUUUAGCCAGCCGAAGGUGGGUAAACACAGCAGAUGGGAAGAGGAGUUUUAAAAAACGUGGAGAGAACAAGGAGCUUUGUCAAAUAAAGUUGACAUGUGGGAAGCCCUGCUUUUGUCAACUGAUUUUAUUCAACAGAGGGUCUCCUCACCCAGUGGCUUCUGACUGCUCAUUUCAGGAAAAUUACUGAACACUCGGGUAUUUUUCCUCUCCGUUAAACCAUAAGAAUAAUAGUUAAAACACCCUUAAAACUGCAAGAAAAGUGAAAAAAAUAGACAAGAGAAACAUCGAGGGACAGGAUUGAUGGAAACCUCCCACUUGCAAAUAGGCUUUUUUUUCUUCUCCCAAAGGUGAAAACUACAGAAGUAUGUAGAUUAAAGGAAAAAUCUUUCUGUCACAUCCAAUUGAAAUCUCCAUAUUGGGAACAGCUGGUCCACCGUUGCUAAGGUCCUUCCAUCGUCCCUCCACAGUAAACAAAGGCACCAACGGGCAAUCCUCUAAGAUGUUUAUUUGGACCAGUGGCCGGGGCUCCACCUCUUACAGACAUGAUGAAAAAAGAAAUAUUUACCAAAAAAUCAGGGAUCAUGAUCUACUGGACAAAAGGAAAACAGUCACAGCUCUGAAAGCUGGAGAAGACCGGGCCAUACUCCUAGGACUGGCUAUGAUGGCAUGCUCCAUUAUGAUGUACUUCCUCCUGGGAAUCACGCUGCUGCGUUCAUAUAUGCAGAGUGUUUGGACAGAAGAGGCUCAGUGCACACUCCUCAAUGCAUCCGUCACAGAAACAUUUAACUGCUCAUUUAGCUGCGGUCCGGACUGCUGGAAAAACUCUCAGUACCCCUGCCUACAGGUGUAUGUGAACUUAACUUCUUCUGGACAAAAGCUCCUACUUUACCACACAGAAGAGACGAUGAAAAUUAAUUCUGAGUGCUCCUACAUACCUAAGUGUGGCAAGAAUUAUGAAGAGUCCCUGUCACUCGUGAACGUUGUAAUGGAAAACUUCAGGAAGUACCAACGCUUCUCGUGUUUUUAUGACCCAGAUGGCAUUCAAAAGAACGUGAUAUUAACCAAACUUUACAGUUCCAAUGUGCUGUUCCACUCACUUUUCUGGCCUACGUGCAUGAUGAUUGGUGGGAUUGCUAUUGUUGCCAUGGUAAAGCUGACUCAAUAUCUUUCUCUCCUCUGUGAAAGAAUCCAAAGGAUCAAUAGAUAAAAGCAAAAACUUCUCUGAGAUUUAUUUACAGCUAAAAUACUGUUUUUUCAUUCUUCACCAAAGAACCUUAAGUUUGUAAUGUGCAAGUCUGUUAUAAGUUCCUUAAUAUAUUCUUAUAAGUAGAGCAAUAAUGCAAAAGCUGUUCUAUAUGCAAACAUGAUGUUAUUAUUAUGCAGACAAGAGAAAAAAAAAUUACCAUUUGUGUUGAUGGUCUAUAUGAUUUGAUUUUAUGCUGGAGCUAGUAUUUUCUUUUCUACAGCCAAAAUAGGGCUCGGUGUCACCAUUUGCCAAGUUUUAUGAACAUGUCAGCAUUUCAGUGUAAACUCAUUCUGGGGAAAAAUUCACCUUUCUAGGCCAGGUAGCAAAAGGCCUAUGCAUCAGAUAAGUCCCACUUAAACCUUACGACAUGCAGUGGACGGAUCCUUUGUUUGGGGGGCGUACAAAGGUAUAGAAUUGACUAAAGGAGGAGGGUUUAGGGUAAGUGUAGUUGGAGGAAAGACUACAGUAUUAACAGCAUAAAUGGGACUUAAUGGUGUGUUGUGCUGGCUUUCCCCUUUGGGGAGUAAGUAUCUCCCUCUGGUGUUUUAGAUCUUUUGCAAAAUCAAAAUGGAUAGUCUUUUUUUGGUUGGUUGGUUUGCAAUAUGUUUUCCUCAUGCCUUAGCAUCAUCUACAGAAGCUACAGCCAAAAAAAAAUCAAAUUCAACCAAUUUCAUUUUUUACACCAAGCUGAGCCCUAUUGGUGGAGAUGGGACCAGAACACCUUAUGUAAAGGUUUAUUACGCAUUUGUCUUGCAUUUGCUACCAUAUCACUGUAAAGGGGGAAAAAAAAACAAAACACAAUCAGCUAUUUUUUCAUUUUUUACUUCCAACUAUUUUAGAUUUUUUUACUUGAUAUAUAUAUAAAUAUAUAUAUAUAUAUAUAUAAAAGACAAAAGCUAUAUACUAUAUAGUUGUGUAUUGUAACUUAAUUAUGUUACUUUUUGUUCCGUUGUUUGUUUUUACUGACUGGAAAGUGAGCAGUAUAACUCCUGUAUUCAUCAAAAGCCUGGAUAAAAUCAUAAUAUUGAAGAGCUGGAACAUAGGAUGUUAUCCCACAUUCAUGAUGUUGUUUCAGUCAAAGGUCUCUAUUGCUGUGACACUUGGUUUGAAAAGUAUCUUGUCCACUUCGCUAGAUUGACUAAUCGAAUUGUUAGAUAAUAAUCGUAACGCUUCUGGAAAUCUUUCCUGAUCUUUACUCAGAAUGCAGUGGCGGCUGAAGUGACUGUCAUUUUAAGAGGUCCCGCUGUAGUACGAGUUAUUCAAGACAUUGAAAUUCAGACAAAUAUGUUGUCCUAUCUGUCAUGUGUUUACCAUGGGGACGUCACCGGUAUAAUUCUGCGCGCACGGUGUCAGUGUCCUCUGCAUAACUGAUUUCUAUUUCCCUAGUCACAACUUUCUCUCUUACGUUACACUUUCAAGACGGUGUCAAAGCUUCCUACUUUGCACUUAACCUGAAGGACAAAUUUGACGCGAUCUCUGUGAUCAACCCGUGGACUUCACAGCAGGAUAUUUGUUGAAAAAUUAAUUGCAGGUCUAUUCCAAACAAAAAAAAGUCUCCUUCCCCACCCACCAAAAAGAACAAAAUUAAGUCUUCUGUCCAGAUCAUUCAUAUAUAAGUAUCUUUUCCCAUGAUAUCAUUUUAAAGUAUUACAAAAAAUUGCAAAUCAUACCAAUAUAAUCUGAGCUGUACCUGAAUCCACAGCCGAGGAAUUAACCUGCAAUCUUGUAUUCCAUAAUAUGACUUUUCUUAGGCAAAUAGACUUCUGGGGGUGGGGGAGGGGCUGCAAUCAGGGCUCCAGAAAUGUAAAAUAAAAACGAUUCAAUUAAACCUUCCAGAUUUCAAUACCUUUUGCAUUCAGAACUGACUUGCUUCAGCAAAUUUUGCUUUGUAGCUUUUUUUUGCUUUUUUUUUUUUUUGGUCAGAACACCAGGUUUGCCAACCAUCUGUAAUCUAACAGAAAGUCUGUAAAAGUCUCUUUGUAAAUUCAGUGUAUUUAUCUAUCUGAGAGUUUUGUACAGUCCUUCAUCAUUUGUACCCGAGUAAGUUCCCCAUUAAUUAGGCUGGCAAUA